AGUAUUUCCAGCCAGCCAAUAGUAGAGAAACGCCUCCGCCAAUGACUCAAGCAAAGGAAAGGGGGUGAGAUUAACAGGGAUUCACGGCAACAGCAACAGCAGCAGCAGCGCUCCUGUUAGUAUAAAGGGAAACAAUCGCAAUGGGAAGCACCGACUCAAAGCUGAACUUCAGGAAAGCAGUGAUUCAGCUGACAACCAAAACACAGGUAUGUGUGUUUUAAAAACAGCUUCCCAAAGAGGGAAAUGAAAGGAUAGUGUUUCCAGCGAGCGCCUUGGAGAGCAUCACGGAGAGGAGACGUGAUUACGCGCAUAAUGUAGUGGAAGAAAAACACACAAUCUCGUUCAAACUGCACGGUGACAACACAGCCCACAUAUAUUGUGCACGAUUGAAAUGUGUUUAAGGUGGGUAUAAUAAGACGACGUGCAUCAUACGUCAAUCAUGUCGCAUCGGUAAUUAAAUUUCUGGAUUAAAUGAUGUCACACUCUGUGAUGCAGAUUAACAAAAUCCGUGAUUCUGUCGCGUUUCAUUUGUUUUGACCACAGGGGGAAAAAAAACGAUGGCGAUGUUGAAUAUAAGACAGAUGACGUAGGUCUGAAAAUGACCACGCUUGCAGAUGCGGCAGGUGGACUGUGCUCAGAUCAUUGUGUCAGAUAAUGCUUCCUCGCCGAUGCUCGAGCACAGCAUGUGUUUACAUUACCAUUAGGGCAAGCCUAGUGUGAUGCAAGGCGAAAUAACAAAGUAUGUAGUAUGCUGCAAAGGUAAGCUGAUAUUUUAAUGCACUGCAAGAUCAAUGAGGCUUUUGUAUCUGAAGUUUCAGUGAUGUGAAAUGCUCCAUUUGGCUCAUGCAGAUGAGAAAUGGCAUGUACAGUUGUGUUCAAGUCCCACAUCACUAACAAGGUAAAUCACUGUUUUUGUUAGAAUUUCAACUUCUACACUGCAAGUAAGUUUCUAGAAGGUUUAGUAAAGAUAUAGAAAACCAACAGACCCAACAGGCAUGACGUGCAUGCUGCUGAUUCUGUGAAACUGAAUUAUUUACUGAAAGGGGUGUAGAGUUCAAUUAGUAAAGUCACUGAUUAUGUGAAAAAAAUAGGUGUUAAACAGGUGGCCCUCAUUUAAGGAUCAAGGCAAGUAAUGCUGCAUAUGCUGGCUGUGCAUUUGUCCUUGAAAAACAGAGUAAAAUGGGUCGUUGAAGACACUGUUCAAAAGAAGAGCGUUUUUUGGUUAAGAAAUUAAUAAAAGAGCGUAAAACCUAUAAAGAAGUGCAGAAAAUGAUAAGCUGUUUAGCUAAAAUGAUAUCAAAUGCUGUAAAAUGGCAGCCAAAACCCUAAAGGCACAGAAGGAAAAGAAAAACGACUAUUCGAAUGGAUCGGAGAAUAACUAAAAUGGCAAAGGCUCAGCCAGUGAUCAGCUCAGAUCAAAGAAGAUCUGAGAUUGCCUGUGAGUACUGUAACAAUCAGACGACGGCUAUGUGAAGCCAAGCUACCAGCAAGAAGCCCACGCAAAGUCCCAUUGUUAAAAUAAAUACAUGUGCUGAAGCGGUUACAAUUUACCUAGGACCACAUUGACCGGCCUAAAAAGAAAUGGUGUAAUAUUUUGUGGACUGAUGAGAGUAAGAUUGUUUUUUGGUGGGUCUAUGGGCCACAGACAGUUUGUCAGUCGUCCUUUAAACACUGAAUUCAAGCCCCAGUACACAGUGAGGACGGUAAAGCAUGAUGGUGCAAGCAUCAUGAUACAGGGAUGUUUCUCGUACUGUGGUGUUGGUCCUAUUUAUCACAUACCAGGGAUCAUGUAUCAGUUUAAGUACAUCAGAAUACUGGAAGAAGUCAUGUUGCCAUACCCUGAAGAGGAAACGCCCUCAAAAUGGAUGUUUCAAAAAGGCAGUGACCCCCAAAUACAGCAGCAAGCGAGCAAAAUCAUGGUUCAAGACAAACAGAAUUCAAGUAAUGGAGUGGCCAGCACAAUCCCCGGACCUUAAUCAUAUAGAAAACUUGUGGGCUGACAUGAAAAAUGCUGGUCAUGAGGCAAAACCAAGAAAUGCAGAGGAAUUGUGGAACGUAGUGCAAUUGUCCUGGGCUGCAAUACCUGUUGACCGGUGCCAGAAGUUGGUGGAGUCCAUGUACCACAGAUGUGAAGCAGUUAUCAGAAACCGUGGUUAUGUAACUAAAUAUUAGUUUAGGAUUCUCAGGAAAGUUAAAUCUUCAGGCAUUUCUUAGUUUAUACAGACAUUUUUGAGUUUGUAAAGAAAGAUGCCAACACUGCUAUUUUUUUAACAUUAUAUUUCUUGACUUUCUGUAAAAUAUUGUCAAAUUUAAUUACUUUUUCCAAUUUUCUUGCUUUGAAAUAGAAUGUUCAGUGUCCCCAAUGCAUUUGUGUUCAUUAAAAUACAAUUUAUUUGAAGAAUUUUGAGGUUUAUUCACCUUUUUAAACAUACUGCUAUUAUUAUGAACAUAACCGUAAGUAUAUUUUCUACAGCCAGUGGAAGCUACAGACGAUGCCUUCUGGGACCAGUUCUGGGCAGACACCACCACCACGGUCCAGGAUGUUUUUGCACUGGUGCCAGCUGCAGAGAUAAGAGCUGUCCGAGAGGAGUCUCCCUCAAAUUUAGCAACCCUCUGCUACAAGGUGCGCACUUUUUCGGACUGGUAAUGCACUCGUGCAACACAAUAUUUAUCCCUGUGGCUUGAUAUUUCAUAGGGUCUUGUUUUGGGCUUGCAUCAUGGAGUUGUGUUUUUUUGAAAUGCUGCACAGUUUUGCUCGUUGGAGUCUUGCACAGGCUGUCUGUCAGCAGGGCACUGCUCCAUGCUCUCAGACGAGGGAAUAAGUGAGUCAACAGCCCUUCCCUUCCCUCGCUUCCCUUCUCUUAGUCCCAGUUUCCGUUUGAAGCUGCCUAUCAGAAACAAAACAGACAUGCUGUGUACUUGGAGCAUAAUUAAAUAAAGAGGAGGAGAUGAGAGCCUUUAAAGCUGGGCCGAGUCAGAGGGGGUUGGUACCUAUUUUCAACACAGACUAAUGAUAAAUAAUGCUCAAAAGUAAACCUCUUUAAAAAGCCCAAAACAACUACAGAUGCCUGAACCUUACGGCCAAAAGAUACUGGCUGACAAAUUAAACAAAAUAAAAAUAUCUCGAGUGAUGCGCAGUAUUGAUCACAGCAACUUUAUAAAGAUUGAUUGCUGUUGUUUUGUAUUUUCUAAAUUAAAAUCAACACAGUUAAGUAAUGGCACAGUCAGAGUAGCUUUAUCACAACUGUAAUGUGAUAAUGAAUGUUAGAAAGAAAGGUGACAGGCUCUGUGAAUGAUUUAAAGACUGACCGAGAAAACAUGUUUGGAAAAACAGGCACAGAUGAUGUAAAAACUCAGCUAUUAAACAUUUAAAGAGGGAAAAAAAAAACGUUUUUUUUUCCAGAGUGAUUUAAAGCGAUCAGACAGAGCUGCCGCAGCUUUACUCUCAUGCACGGCCUUCUUAUGUUUCUUGACUAUCCAGGCAGUCGAGAAGCUUGUUCAGGGUGCAGAGUCUGGCUGCCCAACAGAGAGGGAAAAGCAGGUGAUCCUGAACUGCACUCGCAUCCUGACUCGCAUCCUCCCCUACAUCUUUGAGGAUCAGGACUGGAGGGGAUUCUUCUGGUCCACUGUUCCCGGUGCUGGGCGGGCCGGGGUGAGAAAACACACACAUAUUUCACAUAUUUUCAAAUAUUCACAUUUUUAUCAUUUUAAUAAAGUCUCUCUUGUUUCUCCAUCGUUUCCAGACGGAUGAGCUGGAUGACGACGAUGGGGCUCGACCUCUGGCUGAGUCGCUUCUCCUGGCGAUCGCGGACUUGCUCUUCUGCCCUGAUUUCACAGUGCACAGUCACAAGAGGGGCCCUGUGAGUACCCUGAGUCCUAAUAAUGUGCAAGCUUGACACCUUAUUACCAUCGAGUACAAUGGAGAAUAGCUGACCUAUUACGGCAGCGACUGGAAGAAGGUUACACGCUCUAUUUCGCUGUUUAAAGGAACUUUUUUAAAAGGAACAUCUCCCCCUCUUCCUGGUCAUCAGUUACCUAACUCACCUGUCAAGAGAAUAUAGAAAGAGGUUGUGAUUGUUGACACUGUCACCCUCAUAAGGAAGACUUCCUCGUCUCCCUUGAGCAAGAAAGGAAUGCAGCUUUUCAGCUUUCAGUCAAUGCUCUGGAAGGGUUUAUAAUUUCCCUGGUAAAGUUGGCGUACUGUCAGAAUUUCUAUAUAAUUUCCUUUAAAAGACACACAAUGGAAAACAUGUUGCUCAGGCAGAGAAGUUGAGAAAAAGAACUGAGGUUCAACCUUGGUAAUGUUAGAGGAGCAUCAAUCCAAGGUUGAAUCUCAAUUCUGCACUCUUGAGUACGACAAUCACAUUAAUGGAUGUUUUUACGCACUACUUCCAGGACUCGGUAGAGAACAUGCAGUCCAUAGACAGCUGUGAAUACAUCUGGGAAGCGGGAGUCGGCUUCGCACAGUCUCCGCCUCUAAACUACAUCCAUGAUCUGAACAGGUGAGUGCGCGGUGCUCUGCGACAUCAAUAUCACACAGUCGUUCAUCAACUGGGCUCAAUUUUCUGCUUGUCCACCUUUUCUCUCCUGUCGUUUUGCAGGACAGAGCUGCUGAGAUUGUUACUAACCUGCUUCUCAGAGGCCAUGUACCUGCCCCCUUCGACAGACACGGGCGUCUUAAACCCUUGGGUGACGUUCUUCUGCUCUACAGAAAAUAGGUAAAAGCGUCAUGAUGUGCAUUUAUCUAAAUAUUUGACAUUUGCAAGAAAAAAACAAUGAUUCUACAUAGGGCUGGGCGAUAAAACGAUAACUAUAUAUAUCGAAAAUUAAUUUCCCUCAAUAUCAAUAUAAAACAUGGUCAAUAUGCUCUUCAAUAGUUGGCAUUCUGCCAUGUUUUGGUAGACUAUACGAAUAGCCAAUGAAAGGGGGAGUUGCACCGGGUCUGCUUCGCGCUGAACCAAUCAUGUACUGAAUUAGAACCAAGUAGCUGCUUUAGAACUGCUAUCUCUAGCGCAACGUCUUGCAACAAAACAUUGAAGAGACACAAAGACCUAACAGAUGCGGUAGCUUAUCUAUUGCAAAAGAAUGCUACCAAUAAGCACUGGUAAAUUUUAGUUUUGAUAUCGUGAUAUAUAUCGAUAUCAACUGAUACGGAAAAAAAUAUAUCGUGAUCAGCUUUUUCCCAUAUCGCCCAGCCCUAAUUCUACACAAAACAAAGCAAAACACAAAUCUGCUGAGCUCUUUGCUCUCUAGAUCUUUAAAACUGAUGAUCUUUGCUCAUGUUUCAUGUAGGUUGUUUCUAGCUUUGUUUAUAUAAAGAUGUCUUGUUAAGAUAAAAGCAUAAAAAGAGAUUCAAGUUUCUUUUUUCGUCAAACUAUAUUUACAGAGUUUCUUUUAAUCUUUAUUUUUCUACAGUUUAUCUUCAAAUGCAUUUUCACUUCUGUGAUAGACUUCAUUAACCGUGUCUGCAUGAGUUGAAAUUUGUGGUUUUUAAUGGAAAAACAUCAGCAUGUAAUGUAAACAGAGACUCAGUUAGUACAUUUUUUACCCAGAUACCCACCCAGAGCAAAUAUUGUCUUCCCUUUUGUCCACAGACAUGCUCUGCCUCUGUUCACCUCCCUGCUGAAUGUGGUGUGCGCCUAUGAUCCAGUGGGCUACGGCAUCCCCUACAACCACCUGCUCUUCUCUGACUACCGGGAGCAGCUGGUGGAGCAGGCUGUGCAGAUUCUCAUCGUGACGCUGGAGCACGACGGCGGGGUUCCCCACCGCCCUCCGUCCCCAUCCAGCAUGGAGGAGCAAGAGGUGUGACACGGAGACCGAUGCAUAAAGCAGAGUCUUUUCUAUUAAUGAUAAACUUUUGUAAAGCUUUGGAGCUGGAGCUGAAAUUUUCUAGACAUUCUAACUCUGUGUUUUUGUCUUUGUGCAGCCUACAGGCCCUGAAAACCUUUUUGUGAAUUACUUGUCAAGGAUUCACAGAGAGGAGGUAUGCACGCUGUUAUCUCUUCAGAUACAUUAAGAUUUUCCUUAUAAGAUGUCCAAAUCCUCACUUCCUGUCUCUCCUUUUACAGGACUAUGACUUUGUACUGAAAGGCCUCGCUCGCCUGCUGACCAACCCUUUGACUCAGACGUACCUUCCAAACUCUACCAAAAAGAUCCAGUUCCACCAGGAGCUGUUAGUGCUUUUCUGGAAGCUUUGUGACUUUAAUAAGGUGGGAGAAAAGGCUUAACAGCGAUGGGAAUGUAAGUGGGUUGUGCUGUUGGUGUUACUCAACAAAAUCCUAUUUGUGUUCCCACAACAGAAGUUCCUGUUUUUUGUCCUGAAGAGCAGCGAUGUGCUGGAUAUCCUGGUUCCUAUACUCUACUACCUGAAUGACGCCAGAGCGGAUCAGUGUGAGUUAUUAUCAGGAACCUCACUCUGAAUAAGCUUCUAUUAAAGUCUGAAUCUACUCACAUAUUUUCUAUCUUCUCUUUUGCUUCAGCUCGUGUCGGACUCAUGCACAUCGGCGUGUUCAUUUUGUUGUUGUUGAGCGGGGAGAGGAACUUCGGCGUACGCUUGAAUAAGCCCUACUCGGUCCAUGUGCCCAUGGACAUCCCAGUGUUCACAGGCACUCACGCUGACCUGCUCAUAGUGGUGAGGUCGCCAUGGUUACAUCACUUGAGAGGUUCUUUAUUGCAGCCUGAGUGUAAUGCAGUUAACUCUCACAGCUGUCACUGUGUUUGUUUUGUAGGUGUUUCACAAGAUUAUCACCACAGGCCACCAGCGGCUGCAGCCCCUCUUCGACUGCCUGCUCACUAUCAUCGUGAAUGGUUCGUAUCUGUGAACCAUCUUUGUAUCAUCAGCUCAGUUUUCACAUUUUUAAGUAACACAAUCACUUUCUAAAUAUACUCUUCGCUUCUGCAGUGUCUCCUUAUUUGAAGAGUCUGUCCAUGGUGGCAGCCAAUAAACUGCUCCACCUGCUGGAGGCCUUCUCCACCACCUGGUUCCUCUUCUCUGCAGCCCAGAACCAUCACCUUGUGUUCUUCCUUCUGGAGGCUUUCAACAAUAUCAUCCAGUACCAGUUUGAUGGUGAGAACCAGCUCUCUCCAGCUUUGUUUUUUUUGCGCCAUCAUCGAAGGUAAAAAGACGUAAAGUUGUUUCUCUUUUCUUUCGCCUUCAGGAAACUGCAACUUGGUGUACGCCAUCAUCCGCAAACGCAACGUGUUCCACCAGUUGGCCAACCUGCCCUCUGAUCCCGCCUCCAUCCAGAAGGCCUUGCAGAAGAAGAAGAAAUCUCCAGAUGUCAUUUCCCGUACGAGCUCCCAGGAGACCGUUUCCAUGGAGGGCUCUCACCCCGCAGUGCCGGCAGAGCCUGGAACAUUGAAGGCCAGUCUGGUCGCUAUGCCAGGUACUGACUCAGAUAUCUGCUGUGUGGAUGUUACGAGCUUCCUGUCUAAAUGGCAACAUCAUAGUGUACUCCUCGUAUUCUAUACAAUGAGUAAUAUCUCUUGAAUGUGUUAUUUUAAAGGGUUAGUUCAGAGCUUUUUGAAGUGGGGUUGUAUAAGGUACUUAUCAGUCGUAAGUGGCGGAGAAGUAGGCUAUGCUCUGUUGCUGAUGGGGUCACGAGAAUCCCAAACCCUGGCUACUCAAAGGGAUAGUAUCAAGUACUUGUGAAUAGUAAGUGUAUUACUCACAGAGGAUCCCUGCAAGCUCAGCCUCUUUGAUGAGAAACCAAAACAAGAACUCUUUUACAUAAUUUGGCUAAUUUUAAGAAUUCUGAUCAUCCAAACACUGAUGUUGGUGUAAGUGACGCUGUAUUUAGAGACCCAUAAAUGAGUCUCAGCAAAGAGAGGAGAGCAGAGGAGACCCCAUGUUACCUGGUAGUGGAGGUCUGUAAACCAUGAUCCCAUUGUCCUGAACCUAAAUGUCCACUUAAGUCAAAAGUGGGUCUUCUUACCAUUUAUAUUCAGGGAUCUUUGGAUACCAGCAGAUCACAUACAUCUGCUGUCUGCAUCAGUCACCAUGGAAACUGUCAAAACAGGGCUGUGUCUCCAAUUGCUUGGCUGACACCUACCCCCUCGUACGAUUUCAGGCCUUAAAAAAGCAGGGUAUAGAUAUCGUCAGUCUUGUUGUUGGUGGUCUUGGUGACUUUUGGAAAGCUUGGAAAACAUUUAAAAACUCCUCACCAGGAUCCUCUAUGCAUACCUUACAUAAACCGUGUAACAGCUGACUUGUACCUCAUCUCGCCUCUUCUUGGAAAAAUGAACCAUCUUUGAAAACCUCCUUCAAAUAAACUGUAUACACAUAAAAAAAGAAUCACUUCAAAAGCACAUUAGCAUAUUUUUGGAGAUUAUCAUUUUACUUUGACAUCAGAUGUCAUAAAUAAUUGUCGUAUUAUAUUUGGGACAUUUUUAAAUAGCAGAGGUAAUGUUUAAGGGCUUAUUUAUGGCAAUCUAUGAAUAACUGAAACAGGCAGGUCUUUUAAUGCCCCAUUUUAAUGUUUUUAAAAGUACUAAAGGAACACAUCUAGUUAGAUAUUGUGUAUCAUUAAGUCAUCUUUGGUCUUGGCCUGUCCAUGUUUUUUUAUACUCUGACGACACUAAAACUGUUUCUUUUCUCAGGUAUUGACAAACUGACGGAGAAGUCCCAGGUCUCAGAGGAUGGCACCAUGGUGUCAGUUCCAAAGUCAGACGCCCUUCAGGCAGCUCAAUCAGACCAAAGCGCAGUUGCCGGGACCAGCGACACGGAAUCAAACUCAGGCAGAGAUAAUGAAGUAAGUGUGUGUGUAUAUAUGUGUGUGCGUGUGUGUGUUAUUUUAGGAAUAUGUGUGCUCUAAAACCAUUUUCUUGUUCUCAGGAUGUUUUCUACACUGAAGCAGAAAUGGAGAGACGACGUUUGUCGAGUGCAUCUUCAACAUCAUACUGGACUCCAACACCAGACUGGGUCAGAAACUUCUCCUCUUCUGCAGUUUUCAAACACAGCGGAUUUGCAGGAUGUGCAGCUGCUCAGAUUUGACUUUUUGUCUCCUAGGUCUUGUCUUGGAAGUGCAAAUUACCCCUGCAGACUAUCAUGCGACUUCUACAAGUGCUGGUCCCUCAGGUGGAGAAGAUCUGCAUCGACAAGUACGUCAACACUUCAUAUCCCUCUUUUUUUUUUUUUCCAUUUGCGUGUUAAACUCAUUAAUAUUUCAGAUUCAUUUUUGCUUCUUUCACUGCAGGGGUCUGACAGAUGAAUCAGAGAUCCUCAAGUUCCUCCAGCAUGGCACAUUAGUGGGUCUGCUGCCAGUUCCUCACCCCAUCCUCAUCAGAAAGUACCAGGCGAACGCAGGGACUGCCAUGUGGUUUCGCACCUACAUGUGGGGUGUGGUGUACUUACGGUGAGCCAGACAUAAAACCGGUUUGAUUUAAUAAUCAGAACCUCUUUCCAAACUUCCAAAGACUCACAGUUUUUUUUCUGAUUUUGCAGCAACGUGGACCCUCCGAUCUGGUAUGACACUGACGUCCGCCUCUUUGAGAUUCAGAGGAUGUGAACAGAAAACCGCAAACGGGAGCGCGGGAUUUCUCUUCCCAUCAGUGUCUGCUGAUUUCCCAGUACACCUCACUGUGUUUAAACUUGUCCCCCGUUUCCAUCUUGAAAGCUUGAGGCACUCACUGAGAUGAGAUAAGACGGGAGCUGACUGAAAUCUCAAAACUUCAAAAAAACUGUGUGUGUACGUUUCAUUUUUUUUUUCACCUCAAGACCAUAGAAUGUUUGUCAGCGGGUCCUGAAGGCUGAGGCUGUUUACUCGCCGGCAGAGACGCGAAAUAGGAGAUAAAGGUUAACCAUUUUGGUCUGAAUUAUCAAAGAUGAUGCGGCGCUUUCCAGCAGAGGUUUGUGACGAAUCUUGGACGGCACGACAUAGGUGUUUCACGUUCUUAGUCGUUCUUGCUAUGCUUAAAAGUGAACUUGCACUCUCUUUGAGUUGUCUGUUUUAAUGGUUGUAGCUUGUGACAAUGUACUUCUACUGGAUUUUGGAAACAAUAAUACAGAUUGUAUGUUUUUAUGUCUUCAGCCAGGUUUCAGUUUUCACCUGGCAGGCUAUGCGUUACGUUGAAAAUGGUAUUUUCCUUAAAUUAUCCUGAAAAUAUAUAUUGAUAUGCAUCUGUGAA